AUGACAACUCGUUCACUGUUGGAUGCGAUGCGUUCGGGUGCUGUGCCCUCUCUCCACCAACUGCAAACCACCCUCCAAGAAGCUCAAUCCGCAGUUGCUAGAGACGACCACCUAGCCUUGAGACCGUUGCUAGCACUGCCAAACGGUGAAGGCGGAGGUACAAUUAGGGAGGUGGAUUUUGUCAAUCCCUCGGUGGAGGAAAAUCUCCUGCACUUUGCUGUUCGUCAAUUGGCGGGCUUCUGUGUUCACAUGCUGGUGAAUGCGCCCUACAAGUGGGAUCCGCGACGACGCAAUGUGUUAGGCUCUACUCCACUGGAUCUGGCGCUGGGCAAGCACGACGCGUACCUUCCAGUGGUGUGGCCUCUUGUUAUGGCAUCUUCCGAUGUCUAUGAGGAUUCCUCAGCAAAUCCCACACUCACUAGUCUCCUUCUCAGACCUCCCACGACUACGCUUUCCCAAUCUCUGAUCGUCAAACUUUGUAGAAAGAAUUUUGUAGAUGUGGACUUUACCACCAGUACGAUUAUCCUCCUCUUUGAAUUAAUUCAUUGCACUCCGAAUUUGCUGGUGGAGCCCUGGACUACACCUGAGGCUCGACGCUGCCCUGAGUGCCUUGCAAUCGGCGACACUGAGGAGGCAAUUUGCUUGAAGGAUCAAAAUAGAAUCUUUGACUUUCCUGUAAGAUAUGCGUGCUGGUUGUGGCAUCGCUAUCGCGCAACCUGUGAGGUUCCAGGGCAACUCAGUCCGUCCAGCCUUCUAACUUGUUGUCGAGUCGUCAUUCGACGAACGAUUAUGAAAAACCUCUCAAUAAACGGAUCAGUAAUGGACUACGCCAAAGCAUUGAAAUCGUUGAAUGUGCCUUCGUGGAUGCUGGCAUUCUUGGCCUUCCGAGAGAUGUGGCCCAUUGUGAAUCCCAAACACAAACUCCAGUUUCGGCAGCGUCAGCAUGAAAAACCUGCAACAGAGCAUCUUCUGCAACCCGCCUACGAUGUUUACGACCUGGUCGUAUGA